UUAGGAGUUCAGCCACAGCAAAGCAAACCCAGCAACGUACACAAAAGAAUAAAAAAACCCCUUUCAGCUCUGAGCUCCACUACUAUCCCAAGUCUGUCAUGUAACAGACUUUUUCAUCAGAGAAAGCAGCAUUUCAUCAAAAACUAGGUUGUUCAAGUUUCACAACUCUAAAUCAUGCUGGGAAAGAAGUUGGUGACUGCACAAAAGCGAGGGGAGACAAGAGCGCUAUGCCUCGGACUGGGAAUGGUUGCAUGCUCCAUGAUGAUGUACUUUUUUAUUGGAAUCACCAUUGUGCCAUUUUACACUAAGAGUGUUUGGACAACAGAAACUGUGUGCAAGGUACUCAAAGCUAACAUCAAGGAAAAAGUUUUCUGCCCAAACAGCAAAGGCCCAGAGGAUGAGGAAAUCUUUCCUUAUCCUUGUCUACAAGUGUGGGUUAAUCUGACAGCCUCAGGACAGGAGGUUAUGCUCUACCAGACUGAAGAUACACUGGAAAGAAAUCCUAAGUGCUCAUACGUCCCAGACAAGUUGGAGAACUCUAAAGAAGUUAAGGCACAAAUAGAAAUAAUUGCAAGCAAUUUCAAAAAAUACCAGACUUUCCCAUGUUACUAUGACCCAAGAGGAACACAGACCAACGUCAUUUUAAGCAGACUUUAUCCCACAAAAGGUCUCCUCUUUGCUUUCCUCUGGCCUACACUCAUGUUUACUGGUGGAUGUCUGAUUAUUGUUCUGGUAAAAAUUAGUCAGUAUGUUUCUGUUCUUUCUGCUUGGCAGUAAAAAAAAAUACAUAUCUAGCAUAGAUUGUCGGAAGAUAU